CCUACGUUGGCCUUUGUAAUUUUCCAAUCUGUAGCUUUGACAUCUGUUAUUUUUCCAUCAAUUGCAGUUAACUACAAUAUGCCCCAGAUUGGGGCAACCCAUUAACUUGUAUGAAAACUUGGUAAUUGGCUAAAAUGCAAAGUAAUAACAUCUUACAUUUGGUAAGGUAAAGAAGGAAAACUUAGUUUUUCACCGAUUGACCUUUGGCUGACCCCGCAAAGGGACGUAACUCGCGGCGAAGUGUUGAUACGUGUAUCAGCUGGGUCACGCACGUCACUAGCUCCAGGAGAAUUUGGGAAUGACAACAAGCGUCGGACCUUUAGUUUACGGGGUGUUGGUGUGUUGUUUUUUUUGUCGUCCCCGUUUUCUAAUGACAGGUACACCCUUGCAGCCAUGGCAGUGCCGGUUCUUCACCCCCCGCACACUUAUCACGCCUUCAUUUCCUACUGCCCAACCUUUGACACCAGUAAUGCAAAAAGAAUUCUAGACGUCCUGGAAGAUAGAAACUUUGUUUGCUGUUUUGCAGAGAGAGAUUUUCUGCCAGGGAGUUGUACCGCUGAUCUCGUCGUCGAAUCAAUUCGCCGGUCUCAGCACGUCAUUCUGGUGAUAUCCCCAGCGUCGCUAGAAAAUGAGUGGAGUAAAUUUGAAAUGCUGAUGGCGGUGGAAGAUUCACACAAGCGAAACAGUGUUUGUCUGGUUCCCGUGCUGAUAGGCGGGGUCAAAGUGGCUAGUCUCCAGCCCCCUCUCCCACUUCUCACAUGUAUUGAACUCAGGGAAAAUUUUGAGAAUACAGAAGAAAUCAUCCAGGCCAUUAACAAACCGGAUGAUACGUGGGAAACUCUGCUUCCGGUGGGAAACCUGGCUCAUGGAUUCGCAUGGGGAUAUUAUUACGGCUACCUCAAAAUCAUUCUACCAAAUCACGACGAAAGAGUGAAAGAAUGGCGAAGAGAACACGACAAGAAAGGGAAAAUGAGUGAGAAAAUGUUCCUUCUGUUUCCCCAAAGUUGCCGGUGUAGAGAUUCCCUUUCGGACGAAAAUCCUCUCAUUGAACAUGUUGGUCAUCUUCCGGUCAUUACAAAAAAUAGAGCGGGCACUAUAGCUCGCCAGUACAGAAACACCAUAUACAGUGUACAUGACGAGGAAAAUGAGGAAUAUUACUUUGUCGGUGAGUACAUCACAGUGAUACAUACGAUGUACGAAAUGGAGCACAACGCCGCCACCGGUUUACAGACAAAUGAGAAGUAUUUACAGGCCAUGAGGUUCUAUCGAACAAUCCGGGACAUUCUGGAGAGAGACCCGGAGUGCUCGGGAAAAUAUAAGAUCAUAUUCUACCAAGACAAUAAUAACAGCUUUGUGGAUAUACCAAAGGUGAUAUGUAGGGAAAUAAAGAGACAGAUACGGAAAGAAUCACAAGGCGAUUUGUCCACCGAAACCUCACUGAAUAGUUUCAACAGAAGUUUGUCCAUCUGCGGGCCUGACUUUGGACUCUAUUCUAUCGAGAUUCCGACCCCCUCACAAAUGACUAAAGCUGAACCCAACAUUUACCGAGAUGAGCAAGGGAAUGUGAAGACAGUGGAGCGGGAAGACCAAUUGACCAAUCUAUUCACUGAUCCAUGGAGUAAGGAGACCAACUGACCAACAGAUAAGACCAGCUGACCAAUCUAUCUACUGAUCCGUAGAGUGAGGAGGAGCAACUGGCCAAUGUGUUGAUUGAUAUACCAGCAGUGGGGAUAACCAACUAAAGUGAGGAGACACGGAAUUAGCUGAUGCGUGUACCUGUUCUUGGAGCAUGGAAACAAAUUUGUUGACAAAAUCAUUUAUGCUCGUAACGAGGAUCAACUAACCAACGUGCUUGCUGAUUUUGUACAUGUGUUUUGACAGGAAUAAGUUUCAAAUAAUGUUUGUAUUGAUAUAAUGCAUAUGGAAUACUGAUGUUUGUAUUCCACGGUUUAGGGGAGAAAACACCCUUUAGCAUGAAGAAUAUGAAAUAAAGAUUUGUUGGGAGCGAAA